GUACGGCAAAAUGACUUUUGAGGAGUAGGUUAGGUUGAAUUGUUUAUAUAAGUAAUGUCUACGGCGCCAGUGGAACGCUAGAUUUUGGGUCCUUUUUGCAUCGAAACAACUACUUAGGAUGUCUUUUCAGUGGAAAUGGUUACGGAAUUUCGUUCGUCGUAAUACAAAUCCUAUUCCUGAGUAUCGAGCUCAGCGUUGGAGGCAGAGGCUGAGCUUGGCUUACAUCCUGCUGGCAUGGAAUGCGUUCGGGUUGGUUUGCUACAUGGUGUACACAGGACGAAAUGAUUGGGCCAAGUAUUAUGGAUAUAAAUCUGAGGAAGAUGCAUCUGUUCCACCAUCUCAGUACUAUGCAAAUCUGCUAAAAGUGGAUAAGGCUAAGGUGAUUCGCUUCUCGGGCUUCCAAAAAGUUAACGAAAUAGAGAUCGACAACACUGCAGAGGAGACCAAAACUACGUGAUUCUAGUUUUAUGUAUUUAAGUGAAGAUUUUUGAUAUCUACUGUUGUAAAUAAACGUACUAAAUAUCCCAAGAA